AUGCGGCAAACGUACUUCUUCCUAGGUCUUGUUGUUGCUGUAUCCGCUGCCUCGGUGGAUAGCUGCCCUGGGUACACCGUCGGCGAAAUUGUACAAUCGCGUUCUUCAUUGACUGCAGACUUGUCCCUUGCUGGGGAUGCGUGCAAUGUAUACGGGUCUGAUGUGAGUAAUCUUAAGCUACUGGUUGAAUAUCAGACAGAUUCUCGUCUGCAUGUCAAAAUCUACGAUGCCGAAGAGCAAGUCUACCAAAUUCCCGCCUCAGUCCUGGAGACCCCUUCUGGUCAGCAUGGCUCUUCGUCCAGCGCCUCCGAUCUGACCUUCUCGUAUACGACAAACCCAUUUUCAUUUGCAGUUCAACGCCGCUCCAACCAGGACGUCCUUUUCAAUGCGACUGGCCUGGUUUUCGAAAGCCAAUACGUGCGCUUGCGCACCUCCCUACCACAAAACCCAAACAUUUAUGGACUGGGUGAGGAUUCAGACUCGUUUAGGCGAGAAACGAACGACUACACACGCACACUAUGGAACAGGGGUGCUGCCUUUUUGCCUCAGCAUCAAAGCCUGUAUAGUAGCCAUCCAAUUUACAUCGAAAUGCGCGAUGGCCAAGCGCAUGGCGUAUUCUUAUCUAAUAGCAAUGGCAUGGAUAUCAAAAUCAACCAAACCGAGCUAGAAGGACAGUACCUAGAGUACAAUAUUAUAGGCGGCGUGCUUGAUUUCUACUUCCUGUCUGGCCCUGAGCCAGCCGAUGUGGCACGUCAGUAUGCUGGUGUGGUUGGAACACCUGUAGAACAGUCUUACUGGACAUAUGGUUUUCAUCAGUGCAAGUAUGGCUACGAGGAUGUCAUGAUGGUUGCUGAGGUCGUCUAUAACUACUCUCAGGCCAACAUCCCGCUGGAGACUAUGUGGACCGAUAUUGAUUAUAUGGACUUGCGUCGUACAUGGACACUUGACCCUGAGCGCUUUCCGUUGCAUAAAAUGCAAGAACUUGUCACCUAUUUACAUGAUCAUCAGCAGCAAUACAUUAUAAUGGUUGAUCCGCCGAUAUCUCUGAAUGACAGCGCAUCUUAUGAUGCUGGCAAGGAAAAAGACUUGUACAUAAAAUGGGCGAAUGGAACCGACUUUGUGGGAACAAUGUGGCCUGGUCCCAUCUCUUACGUGGAUUUCUUCCAUCCAAGCUCGUCAGAUUUCUGGAGUGGCCAGAUCGCCUCGUUUUUCAGUGAUGAAUCAGGUGUUGGGGUCGAUGGGAUGUGGAUUGACAUGAACGAACCAGCCAACUUUUGUCAAUAUCCAUGCGCCAACCCUAUUCAAGCUGCCAUUAAUGGCAACCUCCCGCCGCCACCACCAGCUUUGCGUACAAGCUGGGAUCCAUUGCCUGGGUUUCCUGCUGACUUUCAACCCCAAUCAGCGUCUAAACGCGGCGUGAAACAAGACACGGGAAACAUGACAGGACUCACAGGUCGAAACUUUGCUAAUCCGCCCUAUAGCAUCUCAACUGGCGAUGGGACAUUGAAUGCAGGUUCUGCCUGGCCAGAACUACGAGUAUAUGGCGAUUAUGUACUAUACGACACACACAAUCUAUACGCUUCGCAAAUGAUUGCGCAGUCGCGACAAGGCCUUCUCGACCGUCGCCCAAAUGAACGUCCUUUCAUUAUCACUCGAAGCUCCUUUGCUGGCGAUGGGGCGAAGACUGGCAAAUGGACUGGUGACAACGCAUCUAUAUGGGCACAUUAUCUACUCUCGAUUGUGCAGCACAUGGAAUUCGCAUCCAUUUUUCAAAUUCCCAUGAUUGGCACUGAUGUCUGUGGAUUUAAUGACAAUACUACUGAAACUCUCUGCGCCAGAUGGGCGAUGCUCGGAGCGUGGUAUCCAUUCUAUCGAAAUCAUGCCGAUAUAUCUGCAAAUUUCCAGGAAUUUUAUCGCUGGCCACUAGUAACAAUUGCAGCCAGGAAAGCAAUUGCGACAAGGUUUCAGCUCCUUGAUUAUUUCUACACGGCUUUCCACCAGCAAACUGUAGACGGGUCGCCGACGACAAUUAUCCCACUUUUCUUCCAAUACCCCAAUGACCCGAAUACUCUUAAUAUCAACUAUCAGUUCUUCUACGGCCCUUCUAUUCUCGUUUCACCUGUGACUGAGGAGAGCCCAUCACCUACAGCCACAGAGACAGAUUCCCAGAGCGUGACGCUAUAUCUCCCUCAGGAUACAUUUUAUGAUUUCUGGACGGGAGAAAAGGUCAUCGGCACUGGAUCACAAAUCACCCUUGAUAAUAUCACUUACACUGACAUCCCUGUGCACGUUCGUGGGGGUUCCAUUCUGCCUCUUCGAGUUGACGCAAAUCAGGCCAAUACCACUGCACAGCUACGCACCCACGAUUUCGAGCUUCUCAUCGCGCCUGACGCAAAUGGAAAGGCGACUGGAAGCUUGUACUUGGAUGACGGUAUAAGCGUCAAUCCGUCUUCAUACAGCGAGAUUGAAUUUAGUUAUGAUAAUGGACAUUUGACAGUGAGUGGAACAUUCGGCUUCCAUACUGAGCUGCAAUUUGUUGGUGCAAAGGUGAUGGGUGGCAACUCUAUCAAAGGCAGUAACGGCUAUUCACCUUAUACACAGUUGAAUAAGGGAUUGAACGAGGGAUGGGAAGCUCGUGUUAAUACUUAG